AUGACAACACUACCUCUCCUCAGAGGAAACAAUGUUUCCUUGGACGAUGCCCUGGCAGACGACGACAAUAUCUUGCAUCGAUUAGAUUAUCCGCGGAAGCAGAAGGACUUUUGGUCACAUCUUAUAUCUCUCAAAGCUGAAAUCGAAAUACGCUACAAUGUAUGCAUUCCAAUUUGCAUUAACCCACCUUCUGAGAAUCAUGUUCUUGUUCGAAUACCGCUACCUUACAAGAUCGGUGAAGAGAUUAAACCUGGGAACGUGGACGAGAAGCUGCGAUGCGAAGCAGCUACUUAUAUUUGGAUCCGGCAGAAUUGUCCGAAUGUGCCCAUCCCAUCACUCCAUGGAUUUGCAUUCCCUGAUGGACAAACUUUCGUUGAACCUGCCUGUGUAUCCCUGUUCUCUCGCCUUCGUUGGCGAAUAAAUUGGGUGGUACGCUCAUGGCUUGGGUUUCCGACGUCGUGUCCUUACGUUGGCUUACAGCGCUUGGGUGCACUGAGGACGGGGUCCAUGAUUAUUGGUUAUAUCAAGAGUGGCCGGAUGCUCUCUGAUUCUUGGGGACUUCACCUUCAAGACACAAUACGGAGGAAAACGCUGUUCAAUGACCUUGCGAACAUUAUUCUGUCAUUGAACCGUACCCAGCUGCCUCGGAUUGGAUCCCUCACUGUGAGCAACGAUGGUAUUAUAAGUCUCACUAAUCGCCCCUUGACGCUACGCCUUCAAACCUUUGAGAACGAGGGAAUUCCAACCAUUCCAUAUAACUCAACCUACCAAUCCCCAAAUGCGAUCCAUGACGUGAAGGAUGGUCAAGAACGACUAGCUGCGUUGACCAUGAUGCGGGGCCUUCUACAUCAGUUUAUUUCUCGGCAGUACCGCCAUGGCCCAUUCGUACUGACCCUGACCGAUCUCCACCCGAGCAAUAUCUUUGUCGAUGAAGAUUGGCAUAUCACAUCUCUCAUUGACUUAGAAUGGGCUUGUGCCUUUCCAGUCGAGCUUCAGGCACCUCCUUACUGGCUGACUGGUCGGCCUAUCGAUGACAUUGAACGUGGAGAGGAUCUAGAGACUUUUGAAAAGGUUGUGAUUGAAUUCAUGGAGGCGCUGGAUGAACAGGAAAAGGUAUCUCAGCGUUCGAAUGUUUCUCACGCACAGAUUGUGAGGAGUUGCUGGGAUAGGGGGAGUUUCUGCCCGAAAGGGCUCCUCCGAGUCUUCAACGAGCAUAUCCAGAGCAGAUUCUCCGAAGAGCACUGCACACAAAGCAUAUUUGAUCGGACAGUCACGGAUAGCUUGAUUGAAAAGAAGCUGAAAGAGGAAGAAAGCUAUAAAGAUGGACUGAGAAAACGAUUCAACCUUUGA